UAUGACAUGUGUGCCUGCUGUACUCUGUCUAUAUGAAUACUAAGUAGCGUCGCUUGCAAACUGUACACACGUCCAAGUUCUAACAUACUAAUUCACUCAUUCACUUUGUCCAUCGGGUAGCAUAGAUUACCAGGUAUUCACGUUACAUCGUACUGUAGCUUACUUUAUCUUUAAAGGCGUUUUUUUUACUAUUUUCUCAGUCAGUGGUACAUCGUCAAGGAACCACGCAGUCCCCAUACGCCGGGAAUUCGUACCGACCUACUUUUUUACAACUGUGGUGAUCGAAUUAUUGACUUAAUUGGUCAAACCCCCCACCUCCUUUCCACGAGACUUCAGGUGUAGAUUCAUUUCAAACCUGCGGGACAGUCGCCAGCCUCUGUGAUCGUGUGGCCAAAAUAAAAUUUAAACUGAUUUUCAUGUUUCCCGUUUUCCCCCCUCUUCUUAUUGACUUUAUUCGUGCGUUUUUGAUCGCAGUCCAGGCUUUUCCCCUUGCAUGCAUUUUAACCAUUAGCGGGUUGUGCCCAGGAAACCGAGCGCUUUGAUAAUAAGCUGUGACCACAAAUCGGGAGCUGCGUCAUUAGUCAGGAAACACGCAAAUGGAUUUAUCAAAAAAGCACACAGGAACACACACACACACACAAGUGCUGCUGCUGGUGUUGCAGUCUCAGUUAAUAAUGACUAGUGGUGUUAUUAAUAAUGAUGAUGAAGGGAUUUAUCCUUGUCCCUAUAUCAGUUUCAUGCCAAAUAAAGGCUUCAUUUGUUUUCGUCAAACAGGUCUGUACACAAGCCUUUUUUAACCUACUUCUCAAACGUUUUUAAAAUCAACUUUUGGAUCUGUGUGACCGACGGCAAACGAAUGCCAUGCCCCGUGUCGCGUUAAAUCGGAGAGUACCCAUUUAGACGUCAUUUGAUACUUCUUUACCCUGCAUCUUCUUUCUCUUUAUUUCCUGUCCGUUGUCCUCGGCUCUGGACGCGUUGCAUGUACAGGAGGUUACUUAUAAAAGACAAGGGAGGGACGGCGCGCCGCCCACACUUCGUGCCUGAGACAGGGGGCAGCAGCAGAUCGCGAUCUCACUCAUGACUCUCUCGAUCUGCGGCGCAGAGCGUGUGGCUGCCCCCUGUUUUCCUGCUGCUUUUUUUUUUCUAGUACAAAGAUGACAGCAUCGCGCUGUUUGAAAACAGAAGUGAGACAACAGAUAUUAAGCCGGCGAGUAACUCUUAACUUACUGUUGCUGGCGUCUUGAUCCCAGCCGCGCCGGCCAAGAGCAGCAUCCGGGAAAACCUUUGCGUAAAACAGCAGCUAAGAAAUCUGAUCCCAGCAAACGCUUCUGGGCUUUGGAUUCGCUUGGGUUGUGUCCUAGCAUAUGGAGUGCGUUGGCGGAGAAGGUAACUUCUGGGAGUAUAAUUGCAAAGGCUUUUUUACAUCUCGUGUGAAGUAUCGUGGAACAAGAAAACAAAAACUUCGAUGAAAAUGCCUGCAACAUCCAGCUCGCUCCCUGUAAACAGAACCAUUGUUUUUACGGAAAGCUACGAGAGAACGGAUUCUUCAGAUGCCCAAAGGCAGACGAGCCUGCUACUGUUUUGUUUGACUUUUGCUAUCACAGUUAUUACUUUCGUGGGUAGUAUCUAUUCGCUCCUAUCUUUGCUGAAGAUGCGGAGUAAGACCUCACUGUCGCUCAUAGUGGCGUCUAUGUCCAUAGACGAUCUCAUCAGCGUGAUACCGGUGUCUUUAUUCUUGGUGGUGCAGUGGGGGGCCAGCGAAGACGCACGCUGCACUUUAGCUGGACUUCUGUAUAUCUUUCAGGGGAUUUCAAGCAACAUGAAAGCAUCCCUCAUUGCAGUCUACACUUUUUACAUCACCAAACGUUUUGGGGUUUUCCAGUCCGCGAAACGUCCCCUGAGGAUAGUGUGGGCUAUAGGCGCUAUAUGGAUAGUCAGUCUGAUUGUAAGUCUUUUACCUCUAAGCGGAUGGGGCUCUUUUUCUCCCACGCCUUUAGGAUGCUUCGCAGAUAGCUCCAGUUCUUACACCCUUCUCCUUUUCACUUUGUAUGCCUUGUGUUUCUGCUCUCUAGCCGCCUUUUCCGUGCCUCUGAGCUAUCAACUGUUGUGUUCAGACGAGCAACAGAAAACCUUUUACCCCAGCUAUUUUGAACUCGCCCGGGGGCCGGCUGCAGACGGGUCAGCGCCAGUAUGUGACAAUCCGUCUUUUUCUCCGGAAGAAAGUUUCGGCACUUCCAGUCAGAGGAAUGUCAGCUCAGUGCCACAUUUAAACAGCAAAGUGGAGACUUACGGUUCCUCCAGUCCUGUAGUUCCUGAGUACCAAAGCGAUAGAAACUCACCUGUGUUUUUUGCACAAAAGAGGUUUUCUUUGAUCCUGGCGAUGGUUAGAAUUGUCUUAUGGAUGCCGAUGAUGAUACAGAUCUUUGUGAGUCACAUCACUCAUUUUACGACCUCGUCCUUUGAGACUCUGAGCUUCAUCCUGACCUUACUGUCAGCUGGAGUCACUCCUGUGUUUGUUCUGUCUGAACGCUGGAUUCAUCUCCCGUGUGGCUGUUUCAUCAACUGCCGGAGAAACGGUGACACCGUGGCGUCAGACCCUGCGCUGGCAAAAAAGAGAGGCUUUGAGUUCAACUUGUCCUUUCAGCAAGGAUAUGGGAUUUACAAGAUAACCCAGGCAAAUAAUUCGUCUGCUGAAAAAAACGUCUAUUGCAACCUCUUGAACUGUGGCACAAACAACAGGAAAACGACCCAGGCAGACUGCGGCCAGCCCUAUAGCGGCGCCAAAUUUGAGUUCAGUACCACAGCUGUAGAGGACAGCUCCCUGAUUGCUGAUUUCAGCCAGCGAGCUGCCAAGAGCGGGACCAAGCCGGGGGGCCUGACGUGCAGCGGAUUUGAUACCGGUUCUGAGCGAGCAUCAGCCCAGGAGGAGAACAAUGCGGACAGUUCCUCGGUCUUCGAGGGGCCGGAAAGAAGGCUGUCCCACGAGGAAUGCCGCAAAAUUGAACUCUCUGACUGGGAGUGGUGCCGCAGCAAAUCGGAAAGGACCCAGCGUCAGAGGUCCAGUGGGGGGCUCGCCAUCCCUCUGUGUGCGUUUCAGGGCACAGUGUCCCUGCACGCGCCCACGGGAAAGACGCUGUCGCUCUCCACGUACGAGGUGAGUAGCGACGGCCUUAAAAUCUCUCCGAGCGCCAAGAAGAUCGAGGUCUACCGCUCCAAGAGCGUGGGGCACGAGCCCAACACUGACGCCUCGCCCAGCAGCAUCGCGGACACCAACGUGAAAAUCCACCUGGAGGUGCUGGAGAUCUGCGACAACGAGGAGGCCAUGGACACGGUGUCCAUCGUCAGCAACAUCAGCCAGUCGUCCGCCCACGCCCGCUCCCCUUCCCUCCGCUACUCCAGGAGGGAGAACCGGUUCGUCUCCUGCGACCUGGGCGAAACCGCCUCUUACUCUCUCUUCAUCCCCACCGGCAACCCUGACAGCGACAUCAACAUAACGAUCCCUGACACGGUGGAGGCACACAGGCAGAACAGCAAGAAGCAGCAGCAGCAGGAUAAAUCAGGUUACCGGGAGGAAAUACAAUUACUUAACGAGGCCUAUAGGAAACAUGAAGGGAAGCCGGAGCAGUGAAGCCGGGCUGCAGGGCACAGCGUCAGGUGCUGCUGCAGGAAUCACACAAAGUGCGCUUGGCAUUUCGCCUCAAGUCCUGUUGCUGAUGAAUGAAUGUACGGCACUUCUGUAUUCUUCUGCCCACCCCGGAGGCAACGUUAACAUGUCGUGUGACAAGACAAGCUCCAGCCACGGCGAAACAGAGAAAAAAAAAUCUCGGUGCCCUUUUCCUCUGUCCUCAAUAGCCAACAGUAUGUGUAUCUCAUUAGUGACUCAUGUAGUUGCGCUAAAUGCCAGAUGAACUUGGAAUUUAGAGUGAUAAAAAUUCAAAUCUCGCUCCACAUGCAGAAGUCUUUCCCUGACUCACUACUGUGACAGUGCUAUCGUUGAAUCUCAGCGUGAGUGAAAAUGUGGCAUGCCAUCCAUUAAGGUCAGAAAGGAGAUUCGGGACUUCCUAAUUAUUCUGCUUUAGUCUGAAGUUAGCUACUGUACAAAUACAUUCGUAGGUACUUCAAUACUGUUGUGCACAGAGCUUUUACUCGUGUGUGAGUUUUUAAACUCCUUGUCGCACACACUGAUCACUGCACAGCGCAAGUCUUUAAGGCCAAGUCAGCAGUUCGGGUCAGUCGGUCAAGACAAAUUAACAGUGAACUGCAGCACAAAAAGUGUCAUGUUCUUUUCAUGGAGAUGUGUUUCACUACAUAACCUUGGGUUUUUAUUACAUAGAAUAUGCAUUACACAUGGUAAAUUGACUGCAAUGAGUAAUAGCUUUUUCUGAAGCACAAUUACAUGAGUGAGAUUGUUCAAUUGUUUUUCUUAGUUUUGCACUGGGUCAACUCUCCUGACCCCAGACUGCAGUGAUGUAGACCACUCUAUUAUAUUUAACAUGGAUUGUCAGGACAAAGUGUCUUUUGAAUGGAAUCAGCACUCAGAUAGUACUAAGCAGACUUUACCACAAGUGUGCAUUAGUGAUUCAGAUUCCUGCUGACUGGAUUUAGGUUUAUAUACAGAAUGAACAGAAAGCAUUUUAAGAAUCAGAUCAUAGAAGGUUUCUCCGUAAUUAUUUCACUACAUCGCCAUCUAAACAAGGCAGGACAUAUACCGAGUGAACAGCAGUUUUAGGGUCAAUAGGUGAUAACUAAAAGCUAAAACCAAGAAGAAUAUUUGUCACAAAGAGGGGAGAUUGCUGCACAUACAGUAUCAGCUAUUUAAAGAAAUAAAUACCAAUGAACAGAGUGCAGACAAUACAUAUUGUUUUGUAAAAUAGGCAAUCAAUACAUAGUAUUACUAGGUAGUGGAAUAGUCAAACGAUGUAAUUAUUGAAAUUACACACUCAUACCAUUACCGUGCUUCUGAUCAUCUCAUUUAAUAUUGUAACCAAGAUAAAAACAUGUCAAACCAAUUCCAUUUUUGGAAGGGGUUAUCAUGAAGUGUGUGUAGGUCAGCUUCAGUCCAGAGAGCAAGAACAGCAUGGAAACAGUGCUUAAGAGCAAUUUCUGUCUUCAUCUUUUCAGUUACAUAAUGGUCCGAAUUGGAGAAGAUCAGCCCUGAUGAUUAUAAUUUCUCAUAAAGCACCUCUUAAAAAGCUUUCACUGUAGGAACAUUCAUUUCAAAAUUACUUGGAAACAAAACCUAACAAUUUAUUCACUUGAAUUUGGUAGCAAAUGCAGUACGUACUGUAUAUUUUGCUAAAACCUGUGAUCACUAUCUACAAUAUGGGGGCGGUACGUUCCACUAGCUUUGAGUCUGCCACGCCUAAUUGUGAUCUCUCAAAAUUUGCAGUAGAUUGCUGUGCUAAAGUCUUGCAUUGUUCUUCUCUUUUCCCUAAAUGUUUUUCUUUCUUUAUGCAGAAAUACAAUGACACUGUGAUCUAGUACUAUAUUUUCGUCAUUUGUUUUAAAUUAGCAGUUAGUCCUGGUACAUCUGGAUUCUGUAAUACAUAAAAUAGCCUUUUAGCUUUCCAGAUGCAUGGAGAGGAGGAAAUGAUGCUAAUGAUAAUGAACACUUGACACUAAAUCAAUUAGAUUUGAUUGUUAAAUGUGAUGGAUUAGCUACUACAACACUUCAGAGUACUAACAUAUACUUUGUGAUCACGUUAGUGGAAAUUCUGUUGAAUGUGAAUUAAGGAUUGCACAAUGUCAUGCUUCAUUUUUCACCCAAACUAAGCUGCCUAAAUUGUUAUAAUAGUAGACAACACUAGUGAAGACUUUGAGUACAUUUUUGUGUUUAUAACAUACAUAGAGUGUUUUCAAACUCCUGAUUGUGUCCUAGAUGUCUAAGACUUUAGCACAGCAGUGUACAUGUACUGUAUAUACAUCCAAAGCCUUUUAAGGUAAAGGAAAAUGUAUAUUUUUAAGAAA